UCGAAGAGUUAAUGAAGUGCAAAAAUGUUUGUUGUCGUUGAUGUUGUUGUUGGUGUCGCCAAAUUGCAGUUGUUGUCGUUGUUGUUGUUGACGCUGCGGCAGCAGGCGUUGUGAACACUUUGAUUUGCGGUUGGCACCGCCUGACCCUGGCCCUGGCCCUGGCUAAUCAACUGGCGGCUGUCAAGUGAAAAUUGUGAAGAAAACUUUAAGUCGACUGUGCCUGUGAAAAUUUCCCUCUCUCCUUUCAUCUCAAGCUUAUUAGCGUUGCCAGCAGAACUCGAAUCCAAGCAAUCAGCAGAGACUACGCAUAGAUAAAAUAUCUGAGAUUGAGUUCCAGUUUGGCAGAUCGCCCACGCAACGCACAUGGAGCCGAAGUUGUUGAAACAGCUGCUGCUGAAGAAUCACCAGGACGCCAUUUUGCAGAGCCAUUGCCUGUCCAUGGCGGACAGUCGGGAGCGCAUACGCGGACCCUCGCGCGAUGGCCGUGAAUUUCUGACCAGUCCGCGUCAGGUGCUGCGCCGUCUGAUGCUGCUCUCCGAGGGCCGGCAGUAUCGGGAGGCGGCGGGCGUGGUGGGUCGGCUGGGUCCCUCGGUGCUGCACUCGGUGAUUGCGGAGCUGCCCAUCGAUCUGCUGCUGGAGCAUCUGCCGCACAGCGCCUAUCUGCUGGAGUCCUUCUACACGAGGCUGACCACGCUGAACAGCACGCCCAGGCCGGAUGUGCCCAGCGAGACAGUUGUCUGGCAGCUGGUGCGCCUCUUUGCCAAUCCACAUGAGUCUGGCCUGCGACAGCGCUGCUCCAAGUUGCUUCAGUCGUUGGCGCAGUUUGAGCCUGGCUUGCGGCAGGCGUUGCGCGAGCGUCGACGCAGCUUUGACAAUGCUGUCCAGGGCUUGGGCGUACAUGGACUGACCACAGAUGCCUCCGGGCAGCUGAUAUCGCUGCAUGUGGCACUCAAGACUGAGCUGCAACGACAUGUGGAUACAUACAAGAUGGCCAUACACAAGCUGGAGGAACUGAGCAUGGUCACGAUCAAUCAGGAUCCGGCGCACUCCUCGCACCAACGGCUGCUGGCCAUUAACUAUGGCGACAUACAGCAGCGUUUGAUAGACAACAAGACCCUGCUGACCAUGCUGGACAAGCCAGCGCUAAAGCAGCUCCGCACGCUCGUCGAGAAUCUCAGCACGCGCGUCGAGAACGACAAGGAGGUGUUGUCUUGUGUGGGCCAGGUGAAGCGUCUGGAUGCCCAGGCGCAUAUCGAGAAGCGCCCGGCCGCAGGCCUAUUGAUGAACUUCUCGCGCGGCUGCGAGGUGGUGCUCCACAUGAUGGGACCCGAGAGUGUGCCGCCCAGUCCACUGGCGGCCACUAAAGUGACAGCCGCUGGCAGCGCUGGCGGCAGCAGCUGCAGUGAUGGCUACCACUCGGAUGACUCGGCCAGCGAGGAUGGCAGCGAAUUCGUGUCACACUAUCGAAAUCUCUACAUUGAGAACCGAGCGGACGCCCUGGAGGCGUUGGACAGCUUGCCCCAGCUUAAGCAUGUGCACAGUCUGAAGGCCAAGAUACUCUUCUCCAUGAUUGUGCUUUCUUUUCGCCUGUGCCACGGUAUGCGCGAGCGCAAGGUGCUGGAGGUGCGCCGUGUGCUCAACUGCCCGCUGGAGAGCAGCAGCGAGACGACUUUGGCCCUGGAUCGCUCUGUGCGCCAUCAUCUGCACGAGACAGCCGAGAGUUUUCCGCUGGGCGAGAUCGAACGGUCCGUCUUUAAUCAGGUGCUGUCCACUCUGCACGAGUAUCCCUGCCUGGAGUCCUGUCCGCCGCUGACGCACUUUGUCAGCGCCUGCGUGCGACUGGCCUGGCGUAUGAUCAACCAAAAGGCGCCCUAUUAUCUGGACACCGAUUUUAAUUUGGGCUUUCUGCGUCCCGAGAAACACGAGCGCCAUCCGCAGUCGGAUCGCCGCUCGGACCUAAUCAAAGCCUUCCUCUGGCCCGCCCUGAUGCAGAACAACCAGUGCGCCUUCAAGGCCGUUGUGGCCACCUAAUAAUCCCGGCUGC